AGCCCAGCUGACCGAAUCAUUGCCCCGGCCCUCCUAACUUGCGCCCUCGCCUGAAAAUUCGGGUUUUCUUGCCCUAAUCGCCGGAAACACACUCCCUUUCAACCCCAUCUCUACGCUAUAUCUCCGGAUUUGAACCUGUAAGAUUCGUCAAAAUCCUCCUGAGAUUUUCAGCUCAGAUCGUCGAACGAAGGAUCGUCGCCUGCUGCGAUGAUGGAGCUUUGAGAUUUUUUUUUUAAUUAUUAUUAUUAUUUGGCAUCUCCCAUGGCGGAUUCCGACAAAGGCAAGUUUCUUCUGCUCUGUUUGCUGUUCUUCCUAUUUGUUUCUCCUCCUGUUUCUAGAGUCUCUGCGAUCUCUGGCUCGCAGGAGCUGGAGCCUGAGAAACGUGAUUCCGGCGAACUUGAUCGCUACCUGGUCCAGCUACAGAAGCUCGAAGAAAUUGUAAGAAACCUUAGUGAGCUAGUAGCCAGGUUAGAGUCGCAAUUAAUGUUGGAGUCUCCGAAGAUGCGACUUUUGGCUGAGAAGCAGAGUCAUGAAAUUGCGCCUUUAGGGAAGGGGAUUGAUGGGGCAAAUAUUGACACCGGUGACGGGAGAUCCGUUGACGUUGCGGAAGCUGAGGGUGUUGAUGGUAAGAUGCGGGACAGGGGAAGAGGAAAGCCGGUUUCGGUGACAAAAUACAGUCCAUUUUGGUCGGAGAGGUUUCAUUUUUUGUCAGCCGUGAGGUUGGACUCCGAAGCCACAUGCAUUAAUGUUUUGCCGUUUCGAGAUUACGACGGGCUUAGUAAGUAUGUUGCAGUUGGGGAUGAGCAAGGAAGGGUUUUUGUGUUCUUGCGGAAUGGAGAUGUGGCUGUCGAGUUUCACACGUUUUCGGAGUCGCCCAUUACGGCGAUGCUUUCUUAUGUUUCUGUUUAUAAGAAUGAGAGUUUGGUGGUUACUGGUCACAGAAAUGGUGUCAUACUGAUGCAUAGGGUUUGGGAAAGGUCGAACGGGGAGGAGUGGGGUUCUCUUCAAAUGGAGAGUGUUGGGCAUUUUGAUGAUUUUGAAAUUGGGGAAGAUGGGUUGGCUAUAAGCAUCUUGGAAGUGCACCAUGUGGGGAGAGUGAGGUACAUUUUGUCUACCGAUGCUGCUGGACGGAUUAGGGUUUUCAGGGAGAAUGGAACGGUCUAUGGCUCGGCUAUGCCAUCGAGUCGGCCACUUGCAUUCUUGAAGCAAAGGCUGUUGUUUCUGACAGAGGAUGGUGCAGGGUCAUUGGAUCUGAGAACCAUGAGAAUUAAGGAGUCUGAAUGCGAAGGUUCGAAUCAUUCUCUUGCCACGAGCUAUGUUUUUGAUGCUGCAGAGCGGUCAAAAGCAUAUGGGUUUACAUCCGAGGGCGAUUUGAUUCAUGUGUUAUUGUUAGGUGACAUUAUGAACUUCAAAUGCAGGGUUAGAUCAAAGAGGAAGCUUGACAUGGCUAAGCCUCUUGCCUUUCAGGCAAUUAAAGGAUAUUUGCUUGCUCUUAAUGAGGAGAAAGUCUCAGUAUAUAAUGUUUCAUCCCAGCAUUACGUUAGGGCUAUUGGGCCUCGGUUGCUUUUCUGUGCUGGCCUCGAUGAAAUCAGAUCAUCAUUCCUCAAUUAUCUGGUGACGGAUGAGGAUGUCCAAAGAAGAAAAGGGUUACCAUUGAUAGCCAGUGAUCGGGAAAAGCUUUUGGUUCUCAGCCUUGGGGAUGGGUAUGUAAGGAUCUAUCGUUCUAAUCUUCCUGUAUUUAAGGGUGAAUUUAGUACAAUGCUAUGGACCAGCCCUGUGUUGUUCUUCAUUCUUUUUCUGUUUGGAGCUUGGCAAUUCUUUGCAAAGAAGAAAGAAGUACUUACUUCAUGGGGACCAGACGAUCCUUUUAGCUCCACAUCAGCAGUUAAUGGAGGAGCUCCAAUGGGAACAGGCUCUGGUGAUAGAUCUUUUGCGGAGUCGUCUUCUAGAGGUUCCGAUAUAAUGGAUUUGAGAAGUGGUGGUCUUAGGGGUCCAUCCAGAAGGUAUGUCUCUCCAUCUCAAUAUCCUGGCGGAGCAGCCAGUUCUUUUAGGCCUCCUGCUGCUGAUCAUAACUCUAGACUUACUUCUGUUGAUCCCAAUUUUAGAACAGCUUCCGAGCUGAAAUUUAGGGGUUCAAAUCUAGAAUCAACAGGUUUUCCAAAGAGAAGAGAGAGUUUGUUUUCAAACACUCAAGUUGUGGACGAUGGCAAUUGACUUGUAAAAUCAAUUGGCAUGAACUUUUACUUCAGGAGUUCAGAGUACUAAAAUUUUAUCCCUACUGCUUAUUUGGCACAGAGCAUCCAUUUGACUUGUGAUAGUUGUAGCUUUGUAACUUUAGUUGCAUAAAAAAAGGGAAAUAAUGAGAAUUUUAAGCAUUUUUUUUUGUUA